CGGAAGCUGUUCCCCGCAGGCCACAGAAUUGCGGCUUCAGCCGGAAAAGCCGAAGUGGGCCGGGCGCCCGCGCGCGCGGUGCUGCUGCUGCAUCCCAGCGUGGCGGGAACCGGACGGGCUGUGGCUCGCGAUGGCGUCACGUCGCGGGGCGCUCAUCGUGCUGGAGGGUGUGGACCGUGCCGGCAAGACCACGCAGGGCCUCAGGCUGGUGACCGCGCUGUGCGCCUCGGGCCACAGAGCCGAGCUGCUGCGUUUCCCCGAAAGAUCAACAGAAAUCGGCAAGCUUCUGAAUUCCUACUUAGAAAAGAAAACGGAACUAGAGGAUCACUCAGUGCACCUGCUUUUCUCUGCAAACCGCUGGGAACAAGUACCAUUAAUUAAGGAGAAGUUGAACCAGGGAGUGACCCUUGUUUUGGACAGAUACGCCUUUUCUGGGGUUGCCUUCACAGGCGCAAAGGAGAAUUUUUCCCUGGAUUGGUGCAAACAACCAGACGUGGGCCUUCCCAAACCUGACCUGAUCCUGUUCCUUCAGUUACAAUUGCUGGAUGCUGCUGCACGGGGAGAGUUUGGCCUUGAGCGAUAUGAGACCGGGACUUUCCAGGAGCAGGUCCUGCUGUGUUUCCGGCAGCUCAUGAGCGAUAAAAACCUCAAUUGGAAGGUGGUUGAUGCUUCCAAAAGCAUUGAGGAUGUCCAUGAAGAAAUCCGUAUGCUCUCUGAGGACGCCAUCCGAAAUGCUGCACAGAGGCCACUGGAGGAGCUAUGGAAAUAAGCCAGAGCUUCCCUGGACAGUACUCGUCUCACAUCAACACUAUUCAGUAGAGACAACAAGACCCCACUCUUAACCUAGGACACGUGAAGUAUCUCCCUCUGCCCACAGCUUGGCUUUUGUGCUCCUGUUUCCAUCCUGAACCUUAAUGGAAACUUGAAGUAAUAAAGUAAAAAGCAAAGCUGUAUGAACAAG